UUUAUUUCUUAACUGUUUCAGAAUUAAAUAACGUAUUUAAUAUUAAAGCAUCCAGAAACUUUUAAUCUAAAAGUCAAAAUGGGUCUCGGCACAACAAACUCGUUUAUUGUCUCAACCUUUUUAUCUGUCGUUGUGUUUUCAUCAAUGCAAGUAUUUAAGGUCCAGCUUGCGUCAUCAGAAUGGUUUACUAUCGGCGGAGGAGUGCUUGGCUCUCUUUUGUUCUGCUGCUUAUUAACAGCUUGCAGUAACUUGGAAAUGAUGUUAUUCGGCGACAUGUUUCAAGCUAAAUUUAUUCCUGAAGUAUUUGGAUGCCUCGCUGCUGCAUGUUUUGCAUCUGGUCUUGUUCACAGGGUCUGUGUAACAACUUGUUUCAUCUUUUCAAUGAUCGAUCUGUACUACAUCAAUAAAUUAUCGACCGCAAAAUAUCAGGCACCGAUAGCACAGACUCCAACAAAAGCAAAGAAGACAAAGCGGCAUUAGAAAUUCAAUUUGAAAACUGUACAGAUGCUUUCAUAAUUUUACCCACGAACUUCUGUACGGGUGGCUCAAAGAUUUUAAACUAACAUAACAUUGAUAUAAUUUAAAUAUGUUUUAUGGGGGUAGCAAUUUGCUAGAAGUAAUAUUCAACAUCAAAAAUAACAAGCAUAAAAUUUUGGGUGCUUCAGGGGGUAAAUCGUGUUGGAUAUUUUUAAGAAAAUUAUCAAUACAUAUUAUGUUUAUUUGAUUGAGUUUAUAUACCAUGAUGAAAACUGGAAGAUUUUGUUAUACGUGGAUGAAAACUAGAAGAUUUUGUUUUAUUUUAUGUCGAAAAGUUUGAAGUCUCGCAAAUUUUUUUCAUUCGAGAUUUCGCUCCAAAGCAGAAAUAUUAUAAAUUUACUCAAAUUUGGGGCUACAUAUUACAACACGGAUACCCAAUUGUGAGUAAAUUGUAAACAAAACCCAUGGGGUAAACUUUACCGUAUUUGUCUUGGUGAGAGUUUCGCUUAGGGGUGAAAAUUAACACUGAUCUGUGCUUCAACUGUAGUCAUGUAAAUCCAACACAAUCAAUCCUGGACAUCUACAUUAAAAUUUCCUUUUUCAAAUUUUUUUUUUGCCUCAUGAUAACCCUGCCAAGUUUUCAUAUAUCAACAUCAGGGUUCCCAACUUCCGGAUGCUCAAAGCCAUUAUGGCCCCCUGCUUGUCAUAACAGUGGUAUUUAUUUAUUGGUGUUUUGAUUGGUAAAUUCUGAAUCCUAUUGGGUUCAAACAAUUCAUGCUCAAUAAAGUGAAAACACCUUUUUAAGUUCGUCUCCGAGUCAAUGAAAUGCGUCUAGUGUUGUGGCCCAUUCCAACUGCUUUGUGGCCCUUUUAUGGGUCACGUGGGCCCGGUUGGGAACCACUGAUGUAUAUCUUAUUUUGGGCUUUGGUUCUGUCUUUGCAAUGAACUUGAAACUUCUCUAUUUGUUAUCUGAAAUUAUGAAGCAUUUAAUAUAAAAUUCCUGUCGCCGGAGUAAAUUAUGAAGCUAAUAAAAUGUAUUUGUAUGUA